UCCUCCUGCCUCAGCCUCCUGAGCGCUGGGAUUACAGCAUGAGCAGCCCUGAGGCACCCACGGAGACUCCCGAGCCCAGUGACCCAGGCCUGCCAGCUCCGCCUGCCUACUGCAACCUUGGGGAGGUCCGGGCCCACCUGCUACCCUCCAAGGCCUGUCGGUCCCGCACCCCCGCGUCCCUCUCCUCCAACUCCCAGCCCCCGCCCCUGCCCAAGAAGACCCUGACCCGGACACAGUCCCUGCCCACUCGCGGGGUCCCCAGCGCCCGCGCGGCACAGCCCCGGAGGCCUCUCCUCGGAUCCCACAGUGUGGACGAGAGCCAGGCCGGGGCGGGCCCUGUUGGGCUCACUGCUGAGCUGAUCUCGGGCAACGAUGACGCCGACGCCACUGCGGGGGAGCCACACAGCCCCGAGGCCUUGCACGCAGCGCUGGCAGCCCGCGAGCUGCAGGGGCUCCGAGUGGUGCACGCGCGGCUCGGGGCGCGGCUCACGGGCAGCCUCCCAGGACCCUGCAGCGCCGGCCACGGCUUCCGCCUGCUGGAGCUGGCGCCCUGUGCCGAGAGCGGGGACGCGCUCUACUACCGUGUGGUACGCGCCGGCGACGACGCAUGGCACGUGCUGGCCGCCAAGGUGCCCAAGCCCGGAGCCGAGGCGCCCCACGCGUGGGGCCUGGAGCUCCAGGCCUCGCUGCCGCCGCACUACAACGUGCAGGGUCUCUGUGGGCUGGUGCCUGAGGGCGCACUGCCCGGGGCGCCCUGGACAGGUGCGCUGCUGGCGGGCGAGGUGCCCGAACGCACGGCGGCCCAGUGGCUGGCGGAGUUGGGGCAGCGGCGGCCGGAGGAGCUCGCGUGGGCUGUGGCCUUCACGCUGCUGCAGCUGAGCGCCGCCCUGGAGCUCCUGGAGGCGCGGGGGGCCGCCGUGACCGAGCUGCGCCCCGAAAACCUAAUGCUGGCGACGCCCCGGGGCUGCGCGGCCGCCGGGCCCCAGGCUGCGCGUCCGGCGCGCGCUACUGCUCGUGCACCUGGCGGAGCGCGCCGCGGGCGGGGAGACGCCGGGCCUGGAGGAGUGGCUGUGCUGCGAGUACCUCGCCGGGGCCACGGAGGCCUCCCUGGCCCACGCCCUGGAGCUGCUGUGGGCCGACCCCAAGUGACAGCGACACCUCUGGUCCGGGCCUGUCCACUUUGCCCGGGCAGGGGCUGGCAUCUCCGUGACUCGGUGGACACCCACUUUCUUCAAA